AUUGUGUAAGGAAAACCAGAGGAGACCUUGGUAGCGCAGCAUUCAUCCCUUGUACUUAAAUGUAUUUAAUUGUAUUUAGUGACGACCAUGGCGCACGGGUUUUAUCAAAGGCUUUUGUGCCCUUAAAUCCGCCGUGAAAGUCAUACUCUCGCGUGAUUCCCUGCCUUGACAGCCCCUCUCUCUCGCUCUCUCUCUCUCGGACAGUUGGGGCUGCCCCUCAUCACAACAUCAACCAGGGCGUUACUUGCAAGCCAGACGACGCUGGAUAAAUACACCCUUUAGGAGGCCACUGAUAUCUUAAAGAGGGCAGCCGUUCCUUCCAACGCGGACAUGAAACGUUGCUGAAAAUGAACAAACCUAAAAUGGCCUCAGAGAAGGGUGUUCCCAGUACCUCCAAAGUGCAGAUACUACUGGCCCAACUGGAGAAGAUGACCGGCGACUCUAUGGUGAGAGAUCCCGAAACGAGCCGGCAGAUCACGUCCAAGCUUCUUCAUCUCAUACAGACACAAGAGAAGACUGGAAAGGAGGUGAUGUCCAAAGGCACCAGCGGCAUGGAGGUCAUCCUGUCUUCACUAGAGAGCACCAGGGACGCCCAGACCAUCUUGAACAUCCUGUGCAUACUCAGUGAGCUCCUGACCUUGGGCAAAGGGCGCCGGGUGGGAGUGUUUGUCUCCAAAGGUGGAACGGGAGUCUUGCUGCGCAUUCUAAUCAGCACCAGUAAAGAGUUUCACCCCAGCGAGGAGCUGAUGCUGCAGCUUCACUCCCUGCUGGCUAAGGUGGGCCCGAAAGACAGGAAGUUGGGCGUGAAGGCGCGUCUCAGCGGCGCUCUGAACAUCACCAUCAACUUGAUCAAGAAGAACCUCCAAAACGUUAAACUGCUUCUACCGUGUUUGCAGGUUCUCAGGGUUUACUCUGCCAACAUGGUUAACGCCAUAUCGCUGGGCAAAAGCGGAGCGAUCGAGAUCAUGUUCAAGAUUUUGGCGCCGUACAGCAAGAAGAACACCAGCCUUCUCAAGGUCGCUGUGGAUGCACUGGCCGCGCUGCUCAAAUCUAAAACCAACGCUCGCCGCGCGGUGGAGGCACGCUGCGUGUCCACCCUGCUGACACUCUACAUGGACUGGCACCGCAACGACACGUGGCAUCGUCACACGGCCAUCCGUAAAGGCCUGCUGGGCUGCUUGCGCAACAUCACCAACACCAAACUAGGCAGGAAGUCCUUCACCGAAGCCGACGGCAUGCGUAUCCUCUACAACUCGUCCAGUGAGUGUCUCACAGUUCGAACCCUGGAUCCUCUGGUGAACACGUCGAGUCUCAUCAUGAGGAAGUGCUUCCCUAAGAACCGCUUGCCUCUUCCCACCAUCAAGUCCGCUUUCCAUUACCAGCUGGACCAUGCGUUGGCUUCAGGGCCCGUGGCGCAGUUAUACAGCCAGCCUCCAGGGGGAAGAACAAAUGCUCACCUCUGCAUCGAGCCCUUAAAGAAGGUGGACGACGUGGUGGACGACAGCGACGACAACGAGGACACGGAGGCAGACACGGAAAACGACACGGAGAACGAGGAGGACGAGAAGGAUUGUCGCUCUUUGAAUGACGAUAUCGAGAAGGACAUAAACAAGCUUCAUCCUCAAAAGAGCCCAACCCGACCUUUUGAAGAGUUAAGAGUCUACGAAAGGUUUUUCGUGGAGCUGUCGGAGGACUUCCAGGAUUAUACCUUUGAUUGCUCCACCACAUCUUCAUCAUCGUUAGCCCGAACCCCUCGGACAGUCCUCGUGCCCACAGGUCAGGCGCUCUCCACGAAUGACGUGACCACGCAGACCUCUUCGGUCCUCUGCCCCGCUCCCAAAGACCCCCAUUACUCUGCCCCGGCUCCUCUUCCUUCUCCGGCUCUACAGCUGGACUCGCUGCGUUUCAGCAAGGAGCGAAACAAAAGAGAGGAGGUGGCGCAGGAUCUCUCACACGCGCUUGAAUGCGUCGCCCUUAAAAGCGAGGAGUCUUUAAACCUGGACAAGCAGAAGGGAUCUCCUAUCAGCAUACAGAAAGUCGCUCAUUCUCCUCUGCUUUUGGAGGGCAUCGCUAUUCGCUGUUUGGCAGGAGGGGGAGGGGGGUCAGACUGUGGGUCGGAGGGCGCAGAGGAUGAAGGAGCUGUGCUGGAGGUACCCGACACGGCCCAGCUCCUCCCGCUGCACGACCUGGACCUUUACGUGGACAUGGUGAAGGGGACUCAUUCUGUACCUCAGUACACUGAAGUGGCCUACCCAGACUACUUUGGACACGUGGCCCCCACGUUUAGGGAGCCCCUCCUGGAGAGACUUUACGGCGUACAGAGGUCUAAGAUAUUCCAGGAUAUCGAGAGGUUGAUUCACCCAAACGACAUCUUGGAUAAAAUAGUUUAUGACCUCGACAUUGCCAGUUGUCCCGUCAUCGAAAGCGACGGCGAGUCGUUGAAAUUCAACUCCCAGUUCGAGUCCGGCAACCUCAGGAAGGCCAUUCAAAUCAGGAAGUACGAGUACGACCUGGUGCUGAAUUCGGACAUCAACAGCAACCAUCACCACCAGUGGUUCUACUUCGAGGUGAGCGGCAUGCGCGUGGGAGCCACGUAUCGCUUCAACAUCAUCAACUGUGAGAAGUCCAACAGUCAGUUCAACUACGGUAUGCAGGUGUUGAUGUACUCCGUUCAGGAAGCCAUCAGCGGGCGGCCUCGCUGGGUCAGGACAGGAGCGGACAUCUGUUACUACAAGAAUCAUUUUGCCAGAAGUUCCAUUGCGACAGGCGGUCAGAAAGGGAAGUCCUACUACACCAUGACCUUCAGCUCCAGCUUCAGCCAUAAGGAUGAUGUCUGCUACUUUGCCUACCACUACCCGUACACCUACUCGUCUCUUAAGAUGCACCUGUCGAAGCUGGAGGCCAUGAGGACUCCCGAGAUCUACCUGAGACAGGACGUCCUGUGCGAGACGCUGGGGGGGAACAGCUGUCCGCUCCUCACCAUCACCGCCAUGCCGGAGUCCAACUCCAGUGAUCAUGUCUGCCAGUUUAGAAAUCGUCCUUUGAUCUUCCUGUCGGCCCGAGUGCACCCGGGAGAAACCAACGCCAGCUGGGUGAUGAAGGGCACGCUGGAGUUCCUGAUGAGCGCCAGCCCGCUAGCGGCCAGCCUGAGAGAAGCCUACAUCUUCAAGAUAGUCCCCAUGCUCAACCCCGACGGAGUCGUCAACGGAAAUCAUCGCUGUUCUCUGAGCGGGGAAGACUUGAACCGCCAAUGGCAGAACCCCAACGCCGAGCUCCACCCAACCAUCUACCACACCAAGAGCCUGCUGCAGUACCUCGCACACACGCAAAGAGCACCGCUGGUGUUCUGCGACUACCACGGCCAUUCCAGAAAGAAGAACGUCUUCAUGUACGGCUGCAGUCUAAAGGAAACAAUCUGGCAAUCUAGCAUCAGCGCAGCAUCCAGUGAAUUGCACGAGGACCUGGGAUACAGGGCGCUUCCAAAGAUCCUCUCCCAGAUCGCUCCGGCCUUCAGCAUGGCCAGCUGCAGCUUUGUGGUGGAACGCUCCAAAGAGUCGACGGCCCGCGUGGUUGUGUGGCGGGAAAUCGGAGUCCAGCGCAGCUACACCAUGGAGAGCACCGUCUGUGGAUGUGACCAGGGAAAAUAUAAGGGUUUUCAGAUUGGCACCAGGGAGCUGGAGGAGAUGGGGGCCCAGUUCUGCGUGGCCCUGCUGAGGCUGAAGAGAAUGACGGGCCUCCAUAACCACCAACAUCUGCUGGACCUGGAGAGCGACCUCAUCGGGACGCAGCCCAAAGUGGUCAGCUGCCCCACCACCUACGUGAUGGACGAGGAUGAGCCCUCCUUCCUGGAAGCCGUCGACUACAGCGCCGAGAGCAACGACGAGGACGGCGAAGCUGACAACGAGGCCGGCGCCGGCAGCAGAGAAAUCCCGGAGAUUCCCGACUUGCGUCCGGAGCGUCCGUCGGACCCGGAGAGCGGUCACGGGGCCUGGAAAUGCGGGCCUGUUGCCAGCCAGUGAUUUUCAGUUGAUUUUUUUUUUUUUUUACUUUAUUUGUUUUAAGCUAAAGUUCAAACACCCCCCCACACCCCCCCAAAAAAGCCUCAUAUACUUCCUGGACCCCUUAUCCCAUAUUUUUGCUUGUUUUGUCCCACAUUUUUUCAUAUGCAGUAAUCGUGGAGGGGGGGGUGGCAUCGGAGGCUCACACCGACCUCCAUUUUGGAUCCAAAGCUAUCUGAACCACCCCCAAACGUCUUGACAGACCGCCAUUAAACUCACCCCCCCACUUGCCUUCUUGGUCUCACCCUGCACUUUAACUUUUUUUUUUUACUCUUCCAACAAGGAAGUGGGAGCGCUUGUUUUAGUGACCCGGUCGUCCCGUUUGGACGAACGACACCUGACCUCACGUACUCUUUGUCUCUUUUCUGCAACACCCCCCACUCCCUUCUUGAAGUGCAAUGCACGAUACCGUACAGUGGAACCUCUAGAGUCGUCUCUGUCACGUCUCAUAAGUACGUAGUGUAGCGGCCAUAGUUGCAUGUUUUCCCUGUGUUUUCUCCGGGUACUCCGGUUUCCUCCCACAUUCCAAAAACAUGCUAGGUUAAUUAGCGACUCCAAAUUGUCCAUAGGUAUGAAUGUGAGUGUGAAUGGUUGUUUGUCUAUAUGUGCCCUGUGAUUGGCUGGCCAGAAAAUGAAUGAAUGAACUUAAAUGAUGUGUACUAUCUUUACGUACAAUUUAAACUUUCAGUUCAUUUGCAGCAGUUCAGUCAUACAAAUGUAUAAAAUUGUGUCUUACUUAUAUUUUUGUUCACGAAACACAACAAAAAGGGACAUACUUCACAUACAGUUCAAUAAAAGAGUAGUUGACUUCUUUUUACACUUGUAUUUUAAAAGAAACCCACCAUUUUAGAUCAUUUUGCCUGGCACACAGAAUAUUUUCUUCUGUGGCUAUAUAGAAAAGUUUUUUUUCUACCUUUUAUUUGUUAUUAUUCUUUAGUAAUCCGCAGUAGUAGAACAUAGGUAAGUUUCAGGAAAAUAUCAGUUCCCAACUAUAAAAGGGAGAAAUUUAGCUUUUUGUGAAAAGCAGCUUAUCAAAAUAUAAACGGAUAUAACACCAGGAAGGGCGGCACGGCGGUCUAGUGGUUAGCGCGCAGAUCUCACAGCUAGGAGACCAGGGUUCAAUUCCACCCUCGGCCAUGUCUGUGUGGAGUUUGCAUGUUCUCCCCGUGGGUUUUCUCCGGGUACUCCGGUUUCCUCCCACAUUCCAAAAACAUGCUAGGUUAAUUAGCGACUCCAAAUUGUCCAUAGCUAUAAAUGUGAGUGUGAAUGGUUGUUUGUCUAUAUGUGCCCUGUGAUUGGCUGGCGACCAGCGACAGCAACCCUCAUGAGGAAGCGGUAGAAAAUGAAUGAAUGAAUGAAUGAAUGAAUAACACCAGGAACUGUUUAUCUUCGUUAAAAUUGCAUAACCUUCUGCACGCUACACUCCUCCACGCUCUUCCACUUCCUGUGUGUUUUUACACUAAUGCUAAGCUCUUAUCAAGUGCAAUUCUGCCAUCUUGUGAUCAUUUUUAUGGCUCAAAACGGCUCCAAAAGUGACAUAGUUUAGUGCGUAAUUGCGUCAUCACCUCUUUGUAAGUAUAAGGGAUAAUUUUGGGAGGGUUAUAAACGCAUAUAAAUACGUUUUUGAGCGUAGUCAGCAUAGUCAGAGGUUCCACUGUACUUUGUUUACCUGGCUGAAUCCAAAAAGGUGUUCAUGAAACAACACAAAUAUUGAAUGUUGAGACAAACAUGGCGGUUGAUGAUGAGCAACACAAACAAAAAACAAGGUCACAAGGUCACGCCACAGGUCACUCCUAGCAGUCUCGCAUCUAUAAUCAAAUUUAUAGUUCAUUUUUUUGCACUUUUGAAAAAGGUCACGUUUUCACCUGUAGCGCCACCUCCAGCUCACGUUGCUGCACGUCUGCUGGAACCCAAGUUUGUACCUUUAUACUCCACCGUGUACAGUAUAGAGUAUACUGUACAUAGUACCUAGUGUAUGUACUGUACUGUAUGUGUGCUAGAUACACCAGGCCCGACAUGACAUGGUGUUUUUUUAUUUCAUCCAUCUAUUUAUAUUUUGCAUUUACCCUUCCCUCUUUUGCUUUUUAUGUCCUAAUUUAUUGAAUGUUAUGUUUCUGGGAUGCAAUCUUUGUGUGUGUGUGUGUGUGUGUGUGUGCGUUGUGUACAACUUUUAA